CUUGGGGGCCUCUUGGGGUGCCUCUUGGGGGCCUCCUGGGGGCCUCUUGGGGGCCUCCUGGGGCGCCUCUUGGGGGCCUCCCUGGCGCCUCCUGGGGGCCCCUCGGGGCCGAGGGCUCGGCAGCCGCAGGCCCGACGCAAGGGCCCACAGCCAGGGGAUGCGUCCCCCGAGGGCUGCGGCCGCGGCGACGGCUCCGAGCCCGCGGCAGCCCCGUCGGAGGCCGAGUGGGCACGGUGACCCGCGCUGACCUGGCACCGGCGACUGCGACGACGCCGCUGUGCGCUGGCCCGCUCACUCCGAGUUGCUUACUGAGCGUCGGGGGGGGGGCGGCACCCCCGCCGACAGCCCCGCCGCGACCCCCGUCGCGGGCAGCCACCGCGCGCCAAAGGCGCUCCGACCCCCGUCGCGGCGAGACGGCGAGGCGAGGUUGACCCCCGUCGGGGGGGGGGCCCCCCACGCUUGUGAAGAAACCCAGAGUACUCGCAGACCCAGGACCAGAGCAAAUACCUUCCCAGAUCUUCGACGUCGUACUGGUGAAGCGAGCUGCUAUUACUGCUGUUGCCAGCGUCGCCGCGCUAUAUUAUGCAAAAGGUUGCUCCACGGCUGCCGCUGCCGCCCCCCCAUGCAGGAGGCGGACCCCGAGGACUGCAGGACGCACGAUUUCAUAAAGGCCAUCGAGUACGUCGGGUGGGAAGGGAUGCGUGGGGGCCAAGAGACCCUCUCCGCGCAGGCUGAAACGGUGACGGAAGUCCUUCUUCUUCGGGCCGCCUUCUUUCUCGUGUGGGUGUCGGUAUGGUUCGGCCUCAUCGUUCACCUCGUCAUCGUCUCCUCCGCAGGGUGUCCUGGCAACCUAGGCCCUUUGGAUGCCCUGGCCUGCGUCACGUGGGCCAUGGCUGAUGGCGCUGGACGCGUCUACGAUAGUAGCGACACCCUUGCCUUCCAGAGCGGCGGCUCGGUCUUCGCGCGGGAGCACGUCGCCAAGGCUGUCGUUCAGAGCGUCGGCCUGGAGGAGGUCUACGGCGUCAUCCUGAAAUACGAGGGUCUGGGAGCCGCGGCUGACUUCACGAGUGCCCCCGGCGGCGACAAUCACAUCAUGCACGUCUGCCCGCGCUGCACGACGCCCUCCUUCGAGCCGAAAGAGUGGAUGCGAUAUGCGGAGCAGGCCAGCUACGGGAGGAUCCACUUCAUUCAACGGACCCUGGGGCAUGAGCCGUCCGAGCAGGCGGAGAUGGUCUGCUGUGGCCAUGAUGCUGUGGAGCAGGAGGUCAUCCUGGCCGUGCUCAGGUGCUGGGCCGGGGGGGCGCGCGCCCCGCUGCCGCCGCCGGCCGGCGCCGGCCGGGCGGCCCCGCGCGGCCGCGAACGGUGGAACCCGGCGAGGUCGGAUGGCGCUGGCCUCUCCAACGCGGCCCGGCAGGUCCGCGGAACAACGGGCCAAGUGUCCAACCAGCUCGCCAGCUUCGCCCCCCUAGCGCUGAAGGUGCAACUGGCGGGCAGCGAGCAGGCGGCCGGCCUCCUCGAGCAGCCCGAGGACAUCGGCGGCGACGGGGCGGGCGUCCAUCGCGGACAACGCCCCGCCAGUGUGCGACAGCCGCCAGCGAUGCGCGAGCUGCUCGGCCUCGACGACAGGCGCGUCGCGGCCUGGCCCCCGCAGCUGUGCGGGUGGGCGGUCUGCAUCGGCGGGGGCAGUGGCGAGGUCCCGCCGAGCAAGUGGGGCAGCCCCUUCCCCGUCAAUCGCCGCGGCAGGAAGGUCGCCGCCGCGGCCUGCGCGGACUGGUGUCCGACGCGGCCAGUCCUGGUCGAGGAGAGGGGGUCGCUGGCCGGGGUGGCUGGCGGCCGGCGGCUCGUGCUCGUUGUGGCGGCGGCCGGGGCGCAGAGCCCCCCGCGCGCCCCACGGGCCCGGCGCGGCGCGCGUCGGGCGCAUCCUGGGCAGCUCGCGAGGAUGGCUGGCGGCGGAGCCCGGGCCCACCUGUUCCCUCCUGGCGGAGCCCGGGCCCACCUGUUCCCCCCGCUGGACGUGCGCGCCGGCAGGCCAUCGCCGCAGCGCAGGGCGAGCGCAGCAGCGUGGCAGGGUCUGCCAGCUCCCUGUCCCUGUCAGUUUCGACGGCGCUCAAGAGCGAGGACCGCUGCCCUGCAGCAACCGGGCCCUCCGCGAGGGCGCCGCUGCAGCUGGCCUCCCCCCCCCGAGCGCCGCUGGUGCGGCGCAUGUCGUCGGGGGAUCUGCGGCGCUCCGGCAUCGAGGUGGCAGGCCUCUCAUUGUCGCCGCCCCAGCGGAGUUCCUCGCUCUCGGAGGGGCGGGGGCCCAACAACGCGUCUGGCCGCAGCGAGCAGGAGCCCAGCGCCCAGCGCGAGCGGCGCGCAGCGAGCCUGGCGCCCAGCGCCAGCGUGGAGGCCUCGCCGGGCGCCUGGCGCCGCAUUGCCAGCGCAGAG